AUGAGUCUGAAGGUACUGCUGUUCGCCGGCACCUUCGACCCGAUCACGGCUGCGCAUCUGCUGAUGCUGCGCCAGGCGGCCGAAACCGAGUUCUUCGACAAAAUAUGGAUCCUGCCCAGCGGCAAACGUACGGACAAAGUAUUCACCGCCAGCGACGAAGUGCGAUUCAGGCAGUGCGAAAUCGCAGCCAAGCAGCUCGAGGGAAUCCACUCAGACGUUGAAGUUUGCGACUACGAAAUAAAAAAGGGAGAAAACAUCGACAGCUACUUUACGAUGCGGUACUUCCAGGAAACAUACCCAGAAUACGACUUCUACUUCUUUGUAGGGUCUGAUCUGCUUCCGCAGAUCGUGAAGUGGCCCUACGGUGACGAGCUUGUGAAGAUCACCAAGUUCCUCAUCGCCUACCGGGAGGGGUACCCAAUUCUGAAGGAAGACCUCGAUACUUUAAAACAGUACAAGCUGCUGUCCGAUCUGCUGCAGCACAAGGGUCGGUCCAUGGAAGCUUCCAGCACCUCGUCUACGCUUGUGCGCAGUCAGCUGGCCUCAAAUGUGAAGUGCGACGAAGUCGGCACGUUGCAUCCAGAAAUUAUGAACUACAUUACGCAGAACGGAUUUUAUCGCCAGCGAACGUAG